AUGCCCGUCGUGCCGCUGGCCGCCCCGCUGCUGCGCGUCCUGCUCGCCCGCCUGCUGCAGCUGGCCCGCAAGCGCCUCCUGCCGCCGCUCCGCCGCCUGGGGCGCCGGCUGCGCUCCCGGGAGAGCCGCCAGGCACUGCUCACCUGCCUGCUCUGCAUCCUCAACCUUCACAAGAAGGCGGACGCCUGAGGUCGCCCGGACCGA